AUGAUUCUCAACACGGCGUACGCUUUCCGCCGUUGCGCGAAUAUAAAAGGCUUCGUCGAACGACAAGUUCUUCAGAAAGCAUCUCUUUCUCUCAAACAAUCGAUCAACCUAACCGCAGACAUGAUCUUCAACGCCUCCAAAAUUCUGGUGGCAUUAACCGCCGCCGCCGCCGCCUCUGCUUCAGCUUUGCCUGAGAAGCGUCAAGUGCCGGAAUUGGCGACAUGCGACUUCGUCCUCCAACCUGAUCGUCCUGUGGAUUCCAGCCCUUCCAAUUUUUUCGCGGAAUUCAACUAUGUCAUUGGCCGCUCGUUUGCGAUUGAAAGGUGGAGGCAUCGUUUAUGGUGA